CGUCAACACAACAUAUGAUAAACAAAGCAUUGAAUCCGUGUUUCACUGUUUGUUGUCCUCUGAGGCUCUGACGUCCGCACAAACAUUGGCUGCAAUCACAUCAUCACAUCCAACACAUCCAUCUGAUCCAUGAGCUGAACACGUGUUGAGAUGCGAAGAGUGAGUCCGAACCGUUACCCGAGUGUGGGGACAGCCGUUUUUGAGUCAUCCAGUCAUCACUCAUUACUUCUGAACGGAUUGAAUGAAUUGCGAUCCAAUGGACAACUCUUUGACGUGACUUUGAUUGCCGGCGGAACCGAUGGCAACAAAUUCUCGGCCCAUCGGGUGGUGCUGUCCGCCUGUUCCGACUACUUCAGAGCCAUGUUUACGGAUCAGGUGUUUAUGGAGACACAACAGAAGGAGAUUGUUCUCAAUGGAGUCACCAAUGAAGGUCUUCACUAUAUCCUUGAGUUCGCGUAUACCUCGCGAUUGGCCCUCAACUUGUCCAACAUUCAGGACGUGUUGUCGACCGCAUCUCACGUCCAGAUGCAGGACGUGGUUCAGGCCUGCAGUGACUAUUUGGAGGAACAGAUAAUUGUCGACAAUUGUCGAGAUUUGGCCACAAUCGCGGACACGUACUCUUUGUGGCAGUUAUCCAAAAGAGUUUAUCACUUCAUUUGUUCCAAUCUGUUGUCAUUCUCGCGAACCAAUGAAUUACAGCGACUCACUGCCCAUCAAUUGACGCGAAUUCUUGACUGCGAUUAUCCCGUCGACUGUUCCGAGAGUGAGAUCCUAUCGAUUGUCAUGAAAUGGAUUGAAAUGAAUGUCAGCGAAAGAGUGCAAUAUUUGGCUCAUUUGUUGCGUUACAUUAACUUCAAAGAGAUCACCAAACAAGAGUUGUCUCAACACUGGAACCGUUUGCAGCAGAUAUUGUCCGAAUCGAUGGCGUGUCUUAUUUACAGGAAAAUGUUUGCCCAAAAGGAUUAUAAAUCUCCGGAAGACUCUAACAUUUUAAUCAAUACUCGAGGAAUGGAAUUAGCGAUCAUUAAAGUUGGUGGUUUCAACAAUUCUGGUGUCACUAAUGAAAUCACAUAUUACUUGCAAAGCGAGAAGAAAUGGAAAUACUUGUCGCGAAUUCCACACGUGGAACAGUGCAACUUCGGAUGUGCUGUCCAUAAGAAUCAACUUUAUGUAAUCGGCGGCUGUUUUAAUCAAAGUCUAGAAGAGAAUGUCCAUCCGUUUGGCUUUCGAUAUAAUCCUAUUUACAAUAAUUCUUCAAAUCCGUGGUCAACCAUAGCACCGAUGCAUAGGGAGAGGUGUCGGUUCACUCUCAUAGCUGUUGACAAUUAUCUCUAUGCAAUUGGAGGCGUUUCCGAAACUGAAUUCCCAAUCAUUGGCGACGACUUAUACACUUCCGGUGAGAUCUAUUCACCCGAAGCGGACGAAUGGACACCAAUGGCCAGUCUUGCGAUGAACAACCGGUCACAACACGCCGCCAUUGCUUCCAAUCAUUUUAUUUUUGUUUCCGGAGGUUUAGAUCAGGACAUUGUCCUCAAAGAUCUGAUUCGUUACAAUACUGUUACCGAUGAGUGGGACUCCAGUCUUAGCCCAAUGUUAUGCGAACGGGCCGACCAUUCAAUGGUUGUCUACAACAAUAAGAUUUAUGUGAUCGGCGGCUGGUUUGAGGAUCCCAUGAAUGGCACCAGAGUUCUGGUCAAUACUAUUGACUGUUACGACAUAAUCAGCGACUCGUGGUCUGUGGUCGGAGACAUACCGACCCCUCGAUAUCACGCGGGGAUUGUAAAUAAAGGCUCCACUCUUUACAUCAUUGGAGGCUUUCAUAGUGACAGCACUUUCGACAGGGCCUCGGGUCUGAUCGAGUCCUUUGAUUUGGUG